AUGCGGGCAAAGGAGAAGCUUAACAACUUCUACUUCCCCGCAAAACCUCUAAAAACCUUCUCCUCUUUGGAUUCAACCUACAAAAGCUUUCUUUUUCCUUUUAAAAAAAAAAAAAAAGGCUUUCCAACUUUCAAACAAACACCUUUCCCUCUUAUACCUUCUAUGUUCUAUGACUAUCCUCUUGCAACGUGCCUCUUCUUUUACUCCUCUGCAUCUGCAUCUCCUAUUUUUCUCCCUUGCAUUCUUGUUUUCAGGGCUGCCCUGUCCUUGAAGCUGCCCUCACCGCCGCCUUCGUCCAUUAUCCAGAGAAGUUUUAUUCCCAAUACAACCCAAGCCAAAGUAGCUCCCGCCUCAUCUCUAUUUCUUUCUUAUUUUCUCUAUUCAGCUGUUGUUAGUUUGUGGACUGAAAUAACCAUGCUGACGGAGAGACAAGGAGAGAGAGAGUUGCUGGAGCUAUUCGAAGCUGCAAAGAAAGCGGCUGAUGCGGCGGAAGAAGACGGAGUAGCCGAGGAAAGUCGAUGCCUUGAUGCCUUGGUUCAGCUCAAGGCCUUCCCUGUUACCAUUCAGCUUCUCGUCUCUACACAGGUGGGGAAGCAUCUUCGACCUCUAACCAAACAUCCUAGGAGGAACAUCCAGGAUCUUGCUUCUGAUGUAUUUGCAUUGUGGAAAAAAGUGGUUCUCGAGCAAACACAUGGUGAUAAAAAUUCUGUCAAAGCUAAGCCAGGAAAUGCGGAGAAUGUUAAGCCUGAGAAGCUUCAAAAGACUACCCCUGUAAAGGUUGAGAAAUUCUCCAAGAAUGCAAUGGUCAAGGUUGAGAAAAUUAAUCAGAAUGGCGCACCAAGAUCUGCCAAAGUUGUGAAGUCUGAAACUGCCAUGACAAGCCACAAUCCAUCAGCCCCAGUGGGAUGUAUUCCAAAGUGUAAUGAUGCCUUGAGGGACAGGAUCCGUGAACAAAUUUAUGAGGCAUUGUAUAAGGUCUCUGGCGAAGCUGAGGAAGAUAGUUGGGGUGAUGUAAAUGCCUGUGACCCAAUUCAAGUUGCUGUUUCAGUCGAAUCAGUGUUGUUUAAACAUUGGGGGCGUUCUAAUGGCUCCCAUAAGGUCAAGUAUAGAUCCUUGAUGUUUAACAUUAAGGAUGCAAAAAAUCCUGAUUUCAGGAGAAAAAUUCUUCUUGGACAAGUGAAGGCGGAGGAAAUUGUACACUUGAGUUCAGAGGAAAUGGCAAGUGAUGAAAUGCAACAGAAGAAUCAGCAGAUCAAAGAGAAAGCCUUGUUCCACUGUGAGCUUGGAGGUGCCCCAAAAGCCACAACUGAUCAGUUCAAGUGUGGUCGAUGUGGGCAACGCAAGACCACUUACUAUCAAAUGCAGACUAGGAGUGCUGAUGAGCCUAUGACAACAUAUGUGACAUGCGUAAACUGCAAUAACCAUUGGAAGUUCUGCUAACUUUGUCUUCUUUUUUCUUAUGGAUGAGAAUCUUAGGAUUAGCUAGUGCUUCUGUUUUCCAGGACUUUGUUCAGUUAGUUUCUAGUUUUCUUUUCUUGUGGGAUUUGUACAAUGUUUUCUUAUUGUAGGCAGUCAUUCUAAUAUGCAUAUUCCAUAUGAAAAUGAGUUGACUAUAAGGGAAAUUUGCACAAAACAAGAAAAUUGGCUAUAUAUUUCUCAACUACAAGUAAAAUAACAAUUCAGGGAAUAAUAGGUUCAGAAAUAUAAAUCAUUGAGAA